AUGCAUGGCUGGCUGCUCCUGAUCUGGGUCCAGGGGCUAAUAUUGGCUGCCUUCCUCACUUCAGGAGCCACAAAAGGCACAAUACAGACAAAGGGGAACAUUUCUGCCGAAGAAGGUGGCUCUGCCAUCUUACAGUGUCACUUCUUCUCCAGCACAGCUGAAGUAACCCAAGUCAACUGGGAGCAGCGGGACCAGAUUCUGGCGGUUUAUAGUGCUGACCGGGGAUGGCAUGUCCCUUCGGUCUUCAGUGAGCGGGUCGUCCCAGGUCCCAGCCUAGGCCUCACCUUCCAGUCGCUGACAAUGAAUGACACAGGGGAAUACUUCUGCACCUAUCACACCUAUCCUGAUGGUAUUUACAAGGGGAGAAUAUUCCUGAAGGUCAAAGAAAGCUCAGGGCCUCACUUCCAGAUGGCAUCACUUGGAGGAGCCAUGGCUGCUGUGCUGGGAAUCGUCUGCUUAAUGAUAACAGGGGCGGCUGUAAGAGCUAGGCAGAAGUCUCCCAGAAUCCAUUCUAUGGGAAGUGGCCUUGAGAGGACGGCAGCUGAACCACAGGAAGUGAGCCUCAGGUGUCUCUCAGUCCCUGAAGGCCCCGUCCAGACAGAAGCUGCCCCUGCUGGCCUCUGUGGAGAGGAAGAUGACUAUGCUGAACCACGUGACUACUUUAACGUCCUGAGCUACCGAAGCCUAGAGAGUUUCAGUGUCCUAGCAAAGACUGUCUGA